AUGGCGAGUCUCAAUCAUGCUUACGAAGCUUCAAUCCCUGCGAACCCAACCCAAGACCACAAGACGUCUGAUGAACAGCCAAAACUAGAUCAAUUCGUUGCCAAAACCACCAGAUUAUCAUGGGCUAAACCAACAGCCAAUUUUCUUCUCAUAUGCGCGAUUAUCUUAUAUAUAAUCAUCUCAUCCGCACGAUGGGCCAUCUCCGACCCCUCACCUGACGAGCUCAGACUCCAACAAUUCUACACCUCAAAACUUGAAGUCGGUCUCCAGAGGUGCGCCGAAAGCCAGAGAUCACCAAUUAAAUACCCAGAGACGAAAGCUGGUUCGAGACACAAUCCGAGAUGGAAUCCUGUAACAGGACAGAACACGACUUUGGUCCUGAAGAACGCGACCCUUUUCGAUGGCGAGAAAUUCCUGGAAAAGCCAGUUGAUAUCGUCUUCAAAUAUGGGAUCAUUGACUCCGUUACGAAUUCUGGGAAGACUGUUUUCCCAGAUGAGUAUCAGAGCUCGGAUUUGAGAGGUGCAUAUGUGACACCGGGGCUGGUGGACAUGCAUUCUCAUCAUCUAGCAAUAAGCUGGCCAAUCCUACUGGAAACCGAUGAUAGCAAUGAAGUCAAUCCCGAGACAGGACCUUUGACACCCCAAGUCCGGGUCAUCGACUCUAUCAAAGCAUAUGAUAUCGCCACUACAAUCAUCGCAUCUGGUGGUGUAACGACAAGUCUUAUUCUCCCUGGAAGUGCCAAUAUCAUGGGUGGUGAAGCCGUGAUCGUCAAGAAUCUACUGUGUUCUGGACCGAAUGGCGAGGAGGUUGUUGAGGAGAUCUUGUUAGAGCACGGCAUUCCGCUGAAUGACAGAAGGAGAUACAUGAAAAUGGCUUGUGGAACGAAUCCUCGUGCUGUGUAUGAUCAUACGCGGAUGGGUACGGCUUGGAUCUUUCGUAAACAUAUGGCGCGUGCUCGUGAGUUGAUGUUGAAACAGGAUGAGUGGUGUCUCACAGCACAAUCUCUCCAGUCUUCUAGCGAUGCCGAGAAAAUUGCUGCUUUCGUUCAAAAAACCGACAGCGAAGAUCUAGCGAGAGAUUACUUGGAGUAUGAUUCUAGUAUUGCGAUGUUGAAAGGCCAGAUUGGGGUUAACGUUCAUUGCUAUGAGACGGAAGAUAUGGAGGAUAUGAUGAAACAUAGUAAGGAGUUUGGGUUUCGUAUCCAGGCUUUUCAUCAUGCGCUUGAUGCUUGGGAAGUUCCUGAGAUGCUCAAGGCUAGUGGUGAUAACAUUACCAUCGCUACUUUUGCGGAGAUGGGAUUAUAUAAGAAGGAAGCAUAUGAAGCCAAUCUUUGGGCUGGAAGAAUAUUGGCAGAGCAUGGCGUGCCUGUUGCGUAUAAGUCGGACCAUGUUGGUGAAGAGACGAGCGCAAAAUACUUGCUCCAUCAAGCGGCAACUGCGCAUGCUUUCCAACUUUCAGAGGAACUAGCCCUUCAAUCUGUCACCAGUGUGCCAGCGAAGUCUCUUGAAGUCGACCACCGAGUUGGCUAUGUCAGACCAGGAUAUGAUGCAGAUAUUGUGGUUUGGAACUCUCAUCCGUUAUCUGUUGGUGCCACAGCAAUUCAGGUCUAUAUUGAUGGAAGAGCUACUCUAGACCCAAAGACGGUUGCAGAAUCUGGAGCUGUCAUUGAGCAAGGUGAAGAACAGAAAACACUCGUGCAGAAAUCGACAAUUUCCUCAACAGAGAGGCAAGAAAUUUGCGAUCAAGUCGAGAAAGAUGGAGCACGAAUCACUAUUACGGGCAUCAGAAAAUCUUACCUCAAUGACGAAUACCCAGCCACAAAAGACGGAAACGCAACAAUGGUUAUUAAAAACGGAGAAAUCUUGUGCUUCGCUUCCCAUGAGGCCUGUUCUUCUCACAUCACUUCAGGUCCGAUUAUUAACCUCAAAAAUGGCCAUGUCCUUCCAGGUCUCACAGCUGUAUCCGUAAGUCUCGGACUUUCAGAGAUUGCCCUUGAUAGCGGUACCAGCGAUGGAAUAGUUGGGAAGUCCCCAUCCUCUGUCGACCCAGAAAAUGUAGUAUACGCAAAAUACGGAAUUCAUUUCGACGGUCGAGGAUUUGCUCGAGCUCGAAUUGGAGGCGUGACGAGGGCUGUUUCCGCACCGUUAUCGAAUGGAUUUGCAGAUGGCGUGAGUGUUGGAAUUCUAACCAGCGGAAAGAAAACUAUCCUAGACGGAGGAAUCUUCCAAGAAGACGUCGCCUUGCAUUUCAGAAUCGGACAAAACGCUAAGUCCGCAUCUCUCCCAACAAUCUCCUCAUCCGUCCACAAACUCCGCCAGCUUCUCCACCAAAACACCAACAAAACGAACAUCUACGGCCGCGCGUCCCGCGGCGAAAUCCCUCUCGUCGUCCACGCAAACGAUGAAUACGACAUAUCUCAACUCAUCUCCCUAAAACACGCAUUCAACACCACAAACCUCAUCCUCCACGGCGGCGCCUCUGCACACCUCGUCGCGACGCACCUCGCCGCAGCAUCCAUCCCCGUGCUUCUCUCCCAUCCGCGCCCGGCACCCGAUUCAUUCUCCAAACGCUCUGCGCUGCCUGGGCCGCCGCUUUCGCAGUCGCCGGUUAGAGUGUUAACGGCAGCGGGCGUGAAGGUUGGGCUCGCGUCGGCAGGCGAGAAUGAUAGUCAUAUUCAUAAUCUGAUGGUUGAGGCGUCGUGGGCGGGGAAGUUGGCGGGGUUGAGUCGAGGGGAGGCGGUGGGGUUGGUGGCGGGGAACGUGGAGGGGAUUCUGGGGUUGAAUAAGGCGGGGGUGGUGGUUUGGGAGGGGGAUCCGCUGGAGUUUGGGGCGGAUGUUGUUGUGAGUUUUGAGGGAGGUGGGGUGGGGAGUUGUUGGCCUGUUAGUAAUUGA